AUUUAAAGAAAAACUUGCUCCUUCGCGACCAAUUCUCCAGAAGAAACGAAGAAGAAAUCGAGAAAAUCCAUGGCGGGUCUGAGAGGGUCGACCCAAUUUCGCGUUUCGAUCGCCGCUUUGGCUCUCUUCUUCUUCGUCCAUGUUCAUGGAUUCUACCUUCCCGGUGUCGCUCCUCAGGAUUUCCAAAUGGGCGAUGCAUUGAUGGUGAAAGUGAACAAACUGACUUCUACGAAAACCCAACUUCCAUACUCUUACUAUUCCCUUCCAUACUGCCGACCAGAUCAUAUAGUUGACAGCGCUGAGAAUCUCGGAGAAGUUCUUCGCGGGGAUCGAAUUGAGAACUCCCCUUACGUGUUUAAAAUGAGAGAAUCACAGAUGUGUGCUGCGGUAUGUCGUAUAAAGCUUGAUAAGAAAACUUCCAAGGCAUUUAAGGAGAAGAUUGCCGAUGAGUAUCGGGUGAACAUGAUUUUGGACAAUCUUCCUCUAGUUGUUCCUGUGAAAAGACCAGACCAGGAAAAUGUCAUAGUUUAUCAGCAUGGUUUCCAUGUCGGUCUGAAGGGAAAAUUUGUUGGUAGCAAGGAAGAGAAAUAUUUCAUCCACAAUCACUUGUCAUUCUCUGUAAAGUAUCACAGAGAUACGCAGACAGAGUCAGCAAGGAUAGUCGGGUUUGAGGUCAAGCCAUUCAGUGUCAAGCAUGAAUAUGAAGGUCAGUGGAAUGAGAAGACUCGCCUAACGACAUGUGAUCCCCAUGCUAAGCGUGCAGUCACAAAUUCCGAGUCUCCUCAGGAAGUUGAGGAGGGCAAAGAAAUUAUAUUCACAUAUGACGUCGAUUUUCAGGAGAGUGAGGUGAAGUGGGCGUCUCGUUGGGACACAUAUCUUUUGAUGGCUGAUGAUCAGAUUCACUGGUUCUCGAUUGUUAACUCAAUGAUGAUCGUUCUCUUCCUCUCGGGUAUGGUGGCAAUGAUUAUGAUGCGAACACUUUACCGGGAUAUCUCCAAGUAUAACCAGUUGGAGACUCAAGAAGAGGCACAGGAAGAGACGGGUUGGAAACUGGUCCAUGGAGAUGUUUUCAGGCCUCCGUCGAGUUCAGACAUGCUCUGUGUCUAUGCCGGGUCUGGAGUUCAAUGUUUCGGGAUGAUUCUGGUUACGAUGAUCUUUGCAUGUUUUGGAUUCCUGUCCCCUUCAAACAGAGGCGGUCUGAUGACGGUCAUGCUCCUGCUCUGGGUUUUCAUGGGUCUCUUCGCUGGAUACACUUCGGCUCGUCUCUACAAGCUGUUCAAAGGAACCGAAUGGAAGAAAAUCGCCCUGAAAACGGCGUUCACGUUUCCAGCGACGAUAUUUCUCGUGUUCUUCGUCUUGAAUGCCAUCAUCUGGGGACAGAAAUCGUCAGGGGCCGUGCCAUUCGGUACGAUGUUUGCGCUCGUCUUCCUCUGGUUUGGCAUCUCGGUUCCUCUCGUCUUCAUCGGUGGCUACAUCGGUUUCAGAAAACCUGCGAUGGACGAUCCUGUAAGAACGAACAAGAUCCCGCGACAGAUUCCAGACCAGCCCUGGUACAUGAACCCUGUCUUCUCCAUCCUCAUCGGAGGGAUUCUCCCGUUCGGGGCCGUCUUCAUCGAGCUGUUCUUCAUCCUCACCUCGAUAUGGCUGCAUCAGUUCUACUACAUCUUCGGGUUCUUGUUCAUCGUGUUCAUCAUCCUGAUCGUCACUUGCGCCGAGAUCACGAUCGUUCUCUGCUACUUCCAGCUCUGCAGCGAAGAUUACUCGUGGUGGUGGAGGUCGUACCUGACCUCUGGCUCGUCGGCUCUUUACCUCUUCUUCUACGCCUCGUUCUACUUCUUCACCAAGCUCGAGAUCUCGAAGCUCGUUUCCGCAGUCCUCUACUUCGGGUACAUGCUUCUGGUCUCGUACGUUUUCUUCGUCCUGACAGGUGCGAUCGGAUUCUACGCGUGCUUCUGGUUCACCAGGCUCAUCUACUCAUCGGUGAAGAUCGACUAAAUUACCAGACAUUGCAAAGGUUCGGUCCACUGCAUUUUCAGACAAAUCUUCUGUCUUCUUGCAGAGUUUUCUUCAUUGUAGCUCUCCUCUCUUAUUUAAUUUUCCAUCCCUGAAUCCCAUUUCGGUUUUUGUGUUCUGUAGCAAGUUUUCGAGAUUGUAUUCGUUGAAGACACAUAGAAAUCUGUAAUAACAAAAGGGGUUUGACCAUUGA